CGGGCAUAGCGCGGGCAACGGUGCAGGCCCUAAACUGCAUCUGGAGAGACCCGGACAUUUCCAAAAACCUGAAGGCCGCACUAUAUCGGAGCUUGGUCAACUCCGUCGCCUUGUACAACGCAGAAACAUGGCGGCCCCGCGAAAACGACCUGAAAGCCCUCAGAUGGUUCCAGCACAGCACGCUUCGGACGCUAGAAGGAGAAAAACGCGGCUGGCAAAUGGCCCAAGAAAACGACGCAGACGAAGGGGAGGCAGAAUACGCCGGAAGGCUGGAACUCUGCCAGCGGGUAGGGGUUCCACCGGUGGAGACGAUCCUCAGGGAGAGGCGCGUGGCGUGGAUGGCGCAUGCAUUGCGCAACAAGAAAGAGGCAUGUCACUAUCUUGCAAGAGAGGAAGUGCGCAAAGGCACGCCGUGGGGCAGGCUAAUCCGCGACGACUUUGACGAGGUCGGGCUACCAAUCGACCAGUUCCUAGACCUCGAAGCCCCCCCAGCCGCUCGGGCCAUCAAGGCUCACCUAGUAGCCAAGCGGCCAACAAAACCACUGCCAAAGCAAAGGAGGGGCGACAGGCGGGGAAAGACCGAAAAAUGCCGAGAGAAAACUAACAAGCAGAGAGAAAACAUCCAGCAACAAAAAGCGGAGGCGGAACUGAGGCAGGCGAAUUUCAUCGCCAGCAUAAGCGGCAGGCGCUGGGAAAGAUUUCCCAGCGCCGCUGGCAACUACUGGCAGACGAAGGAAGAAGCAGUGAAUUCCCCCCCGGUGCAGUUCGAAAUCGAGUCCGAAGAUUUUUGCGAAGGAUCGGGCCGAGAGGAAUAUAGAGUGUGCGGCGUAUGGUUCCAAAAGAUGAGUAAUGGGACAUACGUCGCACGAAGAUGAGGCAACAGUGCGAAAACGCUUGAGAGAUACACUUGUAAGCACAUCCAAAAAGACGAAAGAGAAGAUGAUGAUCUCUACUAAACGGAUAAGCUUGUUGUGAAUGAGUGAAUGAGUUGCUUAUUCAGCCGCAGUCUGCAAAGAAGUGCAAGAACUACUUCUACUGGUGCGGACCAUAAGUAGCACCACCUGGAGGUUAUGUGAGUAAUAGAACUGCUGAACUUUUGUUGAGAAUUGUGAAUUAAAUCUCAGUCCAAAGCAGGUCUGCGAUAUCAAAAAGAUAGCGAGGAGAAGUAGUGCUAGCGCUACACACGCUGAAUGAAACAGCAGUAGUACCUAUCACUGCGGGCGAUAGCUGAGAUGGGGAAAUGUUGUUCGAGAUUAAUCGGACGCGUUGGUACGGAUGCGUCGCGGUGCUAAAUCUAAAUGCACUUUCUAGAAGCGCUGUAUUCACCUUUGGUUUACGUUGAGGCUACAUCAACUAGUUGUUGAUUUCUUGUUUGUGUCGUGCUCCCCUUGUUGUGGCGAAUAGAAAUACAGUCGUAGAAGCGCAACCUAAGGGUGUUGCCUGGUUCUGAUACGGCUUUGAC